UCCGCAGAUUUUGAAUAAUUCUUCUUCUUUGGUAUCGACGUACGUGUCGAGGUAGCGUAUCGACGCAGUCAUUUAAUACACGCCAUUAACCAAUCGUUUCUCAGUGCAUGGGAACUCGGGACAAAGACUUCGACAUUGUUAUAUGUAGCCCUAACAUCUGGCAGGAAAUAGACGUUUAACCAGCUAUGGCUGAAGGGCCAGAUGUUUCUUUUCCCCAACUAAAUGAGGAGCUUCUGAACAUCUUGAAGUGCGGCAUCUGUACGAAAACGUUAGAAGAACCAAAAACACUUCCCUGCUUUCAUUCGUUCUGCCAAAACUGUCUUGCGAGGUAUAUUGCCAAACGCGAGGAGGCCUCAAAGGAGCGUGGCAGUGAGAAUGCAUUUGAAUGUCCUCUGUGCAAGACGCAAUUAGAAUUGAAACAAGGCGAUGACGUGGAAGAAAUUCCGCCAAUUUAUUUCAUCAAAAACUUGUUAGACAUCUUGCCGGUUAUACAACGACAAACACAAAAUCUACAUUGUGGAUCUUGCAAAGCUCAAGGAUCAGUUGUUUGCAGAUGUUUUGAUUGCGAACGCUAUCUGUGCGAGGAUUGCUUGGCAACACACAGCAAAUGGCCAGACUUCAAGCAACAUGUUGUGAUGACAUUGGAGGAAUUGGCAAAACCUGAGAAUCACAGAACAGCUAAAAAGAAGCCAUGUUGCCUAGAGCAAGGACACAACAACAAACACUUUGAAUUUUAUUGCAAUACAUGUCAAGACCUGGCAUGUAUGAGUUGCGUUGUUUUAGAUCAUCCGAAACCUGAUCAUAAAUAUCAACCUAUGGAUAAUGUUGCUGAGGAAAACAUGGAAGCUUUGAAGGAAACUUCCGUCAUCUUACAGAAGACGUCCAAAGAAGUUGAAAUUGCCCUGCAGAAAAUAGACGCCGCUGCUGAAACUCUGCAAGCCAACGGAAAAAGCGCCAAUGAUAUGAUACGACAGCAGGAAAAGGAAAUCUCGAAAAAUUUAACCCAGAAAGUAGAACAAAAAGCAGCAGCUUUGCUCGACAAAGUCGACAGACAGUACAACGUGGUCAACCAAGAACUUAUUAGACAACAUGACGACAUGAAAGCCUAUCUUGAGAAGGUGAACGGCUCGUUGGAUUUUGCAAAGAAUAUCAUGGAAAAAGCGAGCAACGAGGAAAUCAUUUUGCAAGGUAGAGCACUUCAGCUUAACGCCAAAGAUAUCAAGAAGAGACGCCCAGAUAGGAUGAAACCAAUUCAUGAUGGUACCAUUACAUACCAUACCAAAAUUAUUGUUGGCAAUAUAAUCCUUGAUGAUCUAGGAAAUGUGGAAAUGACCGAUACAACAUACAAAAGCAAUCAGAGAACAGCUAAAACUGAAGAAAACAGUGUCUGCUGUUGGGAGAAAGACAGGGUUCCAAAACCCCAUUCCUUGUCCUUGUCCUUCAUGAAAGAAAGUGAAGAGCGUGAAGAGAACUCUGGAAUGAAGGAAGCAACAUUUAGACAAUACGAAGAAAAAAAUUCCAUUGCAGAAUCAAUUAUAUAUAUCUUACACCAGAAUGAUAAAAAAAAUCAUGAAUCAAACCACACAAGAUCGAGCACUCAGUUAAAACGAAUACAGAAUGCAGUUAAAACUGAGAAUAGAGAAAGAGAUUCUGAAAGAAGAGACAGAAUUCACGUGCACAGAAAGACUAAAAAAAAGAGUAUGGAGUUGCGAUCAAGAGAGAAUAAAUUACAACCAACAAUCAGCGGAUGUUUAAACACACGUGUGAAGGGGAAGUGGUGUGAGCGAUGGUAUGUGGUAAAAGGCAACAUUCUUUACGUCUGGAAAACACCUUCGGGCACUGGUUUAGAAGAAACCCGUAAGUUACUUGGCUAUCAUGUACAAGGACCUGAGAUGAAGGGCACAAUUCAUAAAAGAAUAGUGUUUCAAUUAAUUCACGCUGGCAUUGAACCUGUCGUCUUGCAAACCGAUAAUUGGGAAAAUGCGGAAAAAUGGGUAAACGCUCUACGACGUGCAACAGUACUUAAAGUGGGCCCCUAUGACAUGUAACUAAGAAAAUACACAGAAGAUGUGUACACUUGUUCAUCAAAGAGUAGAAACGAAUAUUAUUUUUUGUUGUCAAUAUGCGAAAUAGUGUCAAGAUUACACAUAUAGAUACACUUGUAGAUACUCUGCAGAUAUUCUUUAACGUUGUGAUCAUUUUUAAAAAUGAAACAAAAAUAGUUACUUUGUAAUUGCUUUUGAGUGUUUGGACAUCCCGGCGAGACACCAGCUAGAGUUAUUUAUUAUGGCUUCAGAUGUAGGAAAUGCAUGUUUUACUGCCUUAAUCUUCGAUAUGUCUGUUUGAAUGAAACACAAGUGACUUUUACCACCUAUCUUAAUUAGGUAUGCAGCUAUAUACUUCGUCAGGCUCUCUUUGACAGUGUUUGACCGGGGUAUCCGAACAAUCAAAUAAGACUGUAAAUUUUAUAUUAAGCCGUGGUUUCGCAUGACUGUGUCGCAAUAUCUCUAUAUUUAGCGUGCUCACAGCCACACUAGGAAGACAGAUGAAAAAACAUUUUCCGCACAAAAAAUGCAAUUAUUGUUCAUGUACGUUUGUGGGAAAAUAUCAAAUGUGUUCUCACAAAAUUAAUCAAAACAGGGGUAAAUAGCUUAGUACUUUAAAUACGAAUAAACAAUGCUACACUUAAAACCUUUGGCUUUUAUUGGGAGAAGAUAAACACCCACAAAUUUGUGGUGGAGUUUGUGUGCACUGUAAAGUGUCCGCGUUUUCUUUGUCCGUGUUUUCCAUAUCCGUGCAUCCGCAUUCGCGUUUUCCAGGGAACUAAUUUUAGCCGUGCCGUGCCAAUAAAUUGACUGUACUGUAAAUGGGCCUUAUGCAACUUUAUUUUAA